AUGUCGUCUAGUGGUAAUUCAGAGUCUUUGCAACCGGGAAACGAGACUGGUGAGCCCGAUGGCAAUUGCAAAAAGCGCAGAAAAACCAUCAAACAAUGUCUAUUCUGCAGGAAGAGGAAGCUGAAAUGCGACAAAAAGAAGCCUAUGUGCAGCACCUGUGCUUCGAGAGGACUCAAAGAGUGUGUUUAUGUGGAGCAUUUUGGUCCUGAAAUGACAAGUCAGGAACUGUUGAGAACAACUCCGAAUUUGGAGCUCAUGAAUCGAGUCAAGGAGCUCGAGCAAGAGUUGAAACUGUACCGAGAGGAACCUCAAUUGACACAAGGUGUUGGGGCCAAUCCUUUACCCCAUCGUGGUAUGAUUAUAUCUAAAUCGGACCGCAAGCUGUACUACGGAUGCACUUCUAUGAAGGUGUUGAUGGCGGACAGUAAACUCAGAUUUGAUACGUAUUACGGCAUGGUGUGGAGCAGAAUCAAGGAAGACAGAAAACGUUGGAAGGCUAUGAGUGGGUACUCAACGCUGAAAGAAGUGACAACGGUUGAAGAUAAUCUAGAAAGCGGGGCAUCGGUAGUAGAAGCCAUGUGUGCAGCUUUGCCUUUUUACGAACAAAUAGAACAGGGACUACACGCAUAUUUUCAAGGCCCCGUUCACCAAGGUUACGAAGUAGUUGAUCCGUUGGUGGCUUUCAACACUUUGGAAAAAUGCUUUAUAAGAGGUCCCAGAGACCCCAUCGCAGGAAUGCAUCCUGUGUCACAUUUAGUACCUACGGUCAAGAAAAAUUACUUUGGGAUUGGUCUUAUCACAGUCAUAUUGUCCAUUGCUAAUCACAAUCAGCCUAUUCCACAGGCUUUGGACUACUUCGAUAAGUUUCUCCUUUCAUGGUUAACGUCUAAAGUCUACUUCAUUGAGAGAGUUCAGUUCUUGUUCUUGAAGAGAGUAUUCUUGACGCUGAAGGGCUACAUCUGUGGCGAUCAUAGUGGUACUGCAACGAUAACGCGCAUGUUAACCGCGGCUUCAAUACAGGUCGGACUGCACAGAGACAUCAAAAACUUCUUCUCUGUGUAUACCGCGUCUCACGGAGCGGUCAAAUAUUUGGAAAACUUAUGGCUCUGGGUAUUGCACGCAGAUUACGAGACCUCCUUGGCUAUUGGAACACCGUCUCAGAUUCCGGACCUCUUCGUGGAUUAUGGGUUAAUCGAAAGCAACCAUUUUGGCUCUUACCCAUUUCUCAGAAAAGUGAUCAGAUCGCAACGGUCCAUUAUUAAUACUUUACAUGAUAAAGACAGAAUACCUGAUUUGAUGGCUAUUAUCAACCAUACCAAAAUGCUUCUAGAAGCUAAUUUUGAACCUCCAUCAUUUUACCGGAUGAAGGAAAAUCUCAAGACCGUUAACUUUACCGAGCUCAACAUAUACUGCGACCUGCUAUCAAGCUUGAGUCUUUACGCCAACUUACAACGAACUUACUUCAAAGCGUAUGAUCCGUUCUUUGUUAACAGCACACUCCAGUUUUCAUCUCAGACUUUAGAGUUGUGCGCCUCCAUUGUAGAGGCAUAUUUCGAACUAGACAAAGAAGAAGCUAAACAGGGGAAGUCACCAAUGACAAAGGGGAUGCCUCUUUAUCUUAAUCUCGCAACUAUUGUUAUGCACAAGUUUUACCCACGAUGUAUCGCAGAUACUUACGUUUUGCUGACUUCUCUUCCUAGCAUAGAAGAUAUGGGGGACCUGAGAACAACACGUGGAGUUUCAGGAUCAUUCGAUCUAUCAAUGGAUAGUCUGGAAACCGUUUCUGAUCAUUACAUCGGUCUAGGAGUCUCCUACGACUUUAUUUGUAGCAUUGUCGAUCGGUGGGGUAUUCCGGAGAACGCAGAUCUAACAAACUGCCUUAACAAGUAUUGUUACGGUUUUGUUAUCAUACGUGCGGUUGAACGGAGCUGUCGUGACUUAUUUCAGCACUACGCUAGCAUUAUGAGGACUGGUAAAGGAAAUCCUGCCUCUAUCAAGGAGCCUGAACAAGCAGCAAAGACUUCUUUCGAGUCCCCACAACCGAGUGCUGAGCUUUCUGACGAGAUCCUUAAUGCCAUGGCUGACGAAUUUUGGGAUAAUUACGAUCUGGAUCUUAAUAAAUGGCUAAGCGCUGAUAUACUAGACUUCAAUUCAGGGUAG